GACGAUGUGUACUAUGUUUCAGUAUACGCUGGUGACAUUUUUGUCAACUUGUGUCGCCUUUAACUUAGAUACCGAACAUCCGGUGAUUUUUACGGGACCUAAUGGGAGUUACUUUGGAUAUACCGUUGCUAUGUUGGAUAAUUUUAACGGUUCUUGGGUUUUAGUUGGGGCCCCUUUGGGUCAGGACAUGUUCCAGUCCGGGGUAGAACGACCAGGAGCGCUGUACAAAUGUCGGUACAAUGAUCAGGGUCCAAGGGAGCCAUGUAUCCAGGUACAAGUCGACAACACGGGGAAUACUGAACAGGCUUUGGUGUUCCACGGUAGAAGUAUCAAGUUUCACCACCACAAAGACGGACAGUGGUUAGGUGUGUCUCUCGACGUGCGCCCUGACGAUCACUCGUCCGUAUUGGUUUGCGCUCACAGAUGGAAGGAUAACUUUCUGUUGAAGAAGUUUGACGACAUAUCCCACAUGAACGGUAUGUGUUAUCAAUUACACAGUAACCUGACCACACCUGGACGACUCGUCCCAGCUCUCACCAAAUUGAACCGCCUUGUGAACCGACGACUUCGAUAUGCCGAGUUCUCUAUGGGAAGCCUUGGCAUGGCAGCACAGUUCUCGGACGAAGGUGGACAACUGUUGAUGGGUGCUCCAGGGCUCAACGACUGGUCUGGUGGAGUUGCUAUAGAGAAAGAGAGCGAUUCGAGACAGGAUCUACGCUACAUAGAACCUGUACAUAGUAUUUACCACGACAAUUACAUAGGUUACGCCAUCACCACCGGAAGUUACUUGUCGCGCAGAUCCAAAAAUAUUGCUCUAGGAGCUCCGAGGGCAAAUAACACCGGAAAGGUUUUCAUCUUUGAUUUGUCGAACCCAAGAAAUAGUCCGCAGCUCACCAUAACCGGAAGUCAGAUGGGAAGUUAUUUCGGUUCGGCGCUAUGUACGAUGAAGUUCAGUUCGGACGGAUGGGACGAUAUCUUGGUUGGUGCUCCGUGGUAUUCAUCUACCGGUGAUCGACAAGGAGGACGUGUUUUUAUUUACAUCUCUAGGGGACUGAUGGGAUUCAAAAAGUCUGAGACAGAACUAGCUGGGUCCUCCUCUGUCAGCGCCGGAUUUGGUUCAGCCAUCGUAAACCUAGGCGACAUCAAUAACGACGGUUUCCAGGAUGUGGCUGUAGGAGCCCCAUACGAGGAUGACUCGCGUGGGGCUGUGUACUUGUACCUGGGGACCCGGGACGGGGUGUGGCACGUACCUAUACAAACUGUCCGCGCGCGCAUUCUAAACCCGAGACUGAGGGGAUUCGGGGCUGCUUUCUCUCGGCCUCACGACAUCGACAAAAACGGAUACAACGAUAUCGCAGUGGGAGCUCAUAUUUCUAAUCAAGCUGUGUUACUACGCACACGCCCUAUAUUGAAGUUGGCUGUCGUUUUUAUUGUUGCGCCCAAGAAAAUAGAUCCUGAUAGGAAAUGUAGAGAUUAUGGAUUGCCAUAUCCGUGUGCAAGGGUCAGAUUUUGUUUCUCCUACAGCGUGAACGGACAACCAGUUCCCGAUAAAAUAGACCUACAGUAUACAUUGGGUGUGGAUGUGACACGUGGACAAAGGACACACAGAGCUGUUUUCAUUGAGACCCUGAAGAACGCCACUUUAACGGAAAUGACGUCACUAACAGGAAGUUUCGUUUUGUCACGAAACGUACAGACUUGCAGUGACCUCCAUACAUUUUUUCUUAAGAAUACAUUCGAACCGUAUGAGGAUAUUACUGUAGAAUUACGCUUCUCCGACAGCUACCGCCAUACACAUUCUAUUGUUCCAAUAGUGGCUCCUUACAUAGUAAAGAAAAAGGUUUAUCCCGCUCAACAAUACAUUAGAAGAAAGAUUUCUAUAAUGAAAGACUGUGGCUCUGACGACAUUUGUAGAAGUAGCCUGGCUCUGCUAAACACAACAGUUGUGAUUGGGGAAUCAAAUUCCACAUAUACUAUUGAUGAAAGUAAAGACAUCAAAAUAAACAUUUCGCUUAUCAAUCGUGGAGAAAUAGCCUAUGCGACUACCGUAAAAUUAACAGUUCCAAGUAAUUUAGUAUUACGAGGAGGAUGGAAAACAAUGGGAAAAUCCAGCACACCUGUUAAUUGUAAGACAAGGCAGCUUAACUCAGAAAAAUGUGAUAUAAUAUGUAAUAUUGGUGACGUCAAAUUCCUUGAUGACGUCAUUGGCGUAUCUAUACAGCUAGCAACUAGAUCAGAGUUUACGACAAAACGCUUCAGUAUCAUUUCAUCAAUUAACACGAGAAGUAGUGAUACAAUGGUUGACAGGAAGACAAUGGUCACAGAGGUCAAAGUUCAGUACCUGCCGAGCAUUAAGGUCACAGGGUUUUCUGCGCCUGAUCAGCGCGUGAUGUCCGAGGUGAUAUCUGGGAGACACGACUCUAUAGGUCAUGAGAAAAUUACUCACAUAUUUGACGUCACCAACUAUGGCCCAAGCUCCUUGUCCCGUGGGAUCUUUACCAUACAGUUACCGGUCAGGGAAAAUAUUAUCGACCUACAAAAAUAUACGCUCGACACAGAACACGGAGUCCACUGUGAAGUAAACAGAAACUAUAGUGUGCCUGCCAAAUCUGAGACAAAAGAUAACAGCAUUGACACGAAAAUGACGAUAAACUGUGAACAUUUCCCUUGCGUGCUCAUUACGUGUGACAUCUGGGAGCUGUCUCCACAACAGUCCAUCACACUAAAGGCUUACUUGGCCGUGUCCUGGAGAUUCUUUGGUGCUAAUAAGAAAGUAAGACGUAUCCGAUUGGAGUCUUCCACUUUGUUUAUUUACGACGGGGAUCUGGGUCCGAAAGUCGACGACAAGAAAACAGGGACAUCGGUAACUACAGAUUUCCUCAUUUACAAAGAAGAGUUACAAACUGGCAAACUACAGCUGUGGAUAGUUCUUGUUAGCUUCUGUGCAGGCAUUAUUGUUUUUAUGAUUAUUGGGAUAAUCCUACUCAGGGUUGGUUUCUUCCGAAGGAAACAUCGUGAGGACCUACUUACUUUAAGGAAGUUACGGUCUAGACAUUUCGGGAGGUCUCGCGUAAGUUCUGAAGAGACGAGUGACGGAGGGGAAGGUAGCAACGAGAAUCUCGUCAUGGCAAUGGACUACAGGACAGUGGCUUAUGACUUGUCAGGAGAGUCAUCACCUGAUUCACCGAUCUCCCGAACGUUUGAUGACACUGAUUAUUUAGAACCUAUUCAAACACUCGUGAGAUCAUGAUUGAAAUAUUGAAAAAAAUCUCAUAUUGAAAGCUUUUUUAUUUGCAUAUUUUUACCGUAUAAUGUAAUUUGGCGUAAAAACUGUUUGAAACCAGCACAUUUCAUGUUCAUUUUUACCAUGUCUACAUUAUUUUGUCAUUUAAUGACAUCAAUUUGGAUAUCUGUAUUGAGAAAAUCGGGUUACUGAUUCCGGAAGAUGUAAGGAUGCGACUUCUGGUUCAGUGCUGAGACACACUCUACAAUCUAUCGAUUUUUCUGUGGUCCAGGUCCAAUAUGAUUUUCUACAGCAUCGCAUUUCUUCAGAUACAGUGUUUUUUUUCUAUAGCAUCACGAUCACAUUUCUUCAGAAAGUGUUUUUUCCUCAUUAGAUAUAUAACAUGGACGACGGUUGCCUGUUCCAGUUGCAUCAACAUUUUUUUAUGAUUUUAAUUGGGUACGUUCUGUGUCGUAUCAGGUUUCAUGUUGAUGUAUGCAACUUCAGGUACUGAAUGACCCCUACUCUAUUAUAUUAAUGCGCCACCAUGUUAACAUCAAACGUGUUAAGAUUAUAUUUAGGUUAACCAGAGUAGGAAAAAAUACAUCGCAACUUUCGUCCACCAUAUGUGUCUAUGGUUAACCAUUGACAUAUCUUUUCCUAGGCUUCACAAAAAUAAACUCUACAGAAAGAAAAUGAAAUUUCUUUAUCGAAGGACCAUGAGUUCAUUUGAGAUGUUUAACCUAUACCGCUUCCAAACCUUUUUUUCUUGUUAAAAUAAGUUGAUAUAUUAUGUUUGUCGUUUGUUACAGUUAGUGGAUUUCUUACCUAUUGCAUGACCUAAACCCAUUUCAAAGGCAAAACGUUUUUUUUUUUUUUAUUUCAACGCAGCAAUCAAGAAUGACCGAUUUUAAGAUCUCAUUGUAUAACAUAUUUAUAUGACGCCUAUAAAGAAUCAUUAAUUUUAAGUUAUGUAAAUUAUCCUUUUAUGAAAGUUCAUCGGAGUCAAAGUCCAUUUUUGGUUCGUUUGAAUUGCUUCGACCUUAACCAGUUUUGCGAUCAUGUGAUAUGUCUUUACUAUUUCUAGGACAACAAGAAAACAAUCGAACAAUGCGAGUUGUUAGGGAUACUUGUGUUACUAAAUAUAAGAAUUGUACAUGCACUCACCUCGUUAGAUUUACUUUUGUCAUGAUGUUAAUGACAUGCACAAGCUCUUGGUUUUAAUCAUGUAUGUUGGCCAGUUGAUAAAAACCCGUACUUACAAAUACACGAAAUUGUUGUUUCACUAAUGGUACAAUGUAUAUAAUUUUGCAAUGUCAAAAUAUUUACUGCUUCAAAUUUGCAUUGUAAUAUACUGCCAUAAUUGCUACUAAGUACUCGUACAUUUACAGAACACAAUGUGCUGCUUUAUGCUAGGUAAUGUCAUUUUUGACAGUCUACUGACAUGUUGCAUCAUAUUGCAGUUUUGCAUAUUACAGUAAGACAUUAUGUAACUGUUACAAAGUACGGCAUUACAUUGUGUACAUGUAUCAUCUAUAUUUUGUUCUUAUGAUCUCAAGUUGAAAUUUAUCUAAACUGAAGUUGAGUUGAACGAUUAUUCAUUUACAGUAUGAUGAUUAAAUUAUUAUUAUUGUAAUAGUUUGUAAAUAUUGUUCAUAUCCUGUGUUUUUAGUAAAAAAGAUCAAAUUCGAA